CCAGCCCUGUUCCACCUGGGCGCUGCGCCCGCCGUGUGCCAGCUGCUCUGCACAAGUCUAAAGCUCCUGAUGGACGGUGGAGAGGACCCUGGCUUGGCUUGCCAGACCACCACAUCACUGUUCCUGAGGUUCCUCUGUGACCAGUUCACGCCAGCGCCCAGCGGCCAUCCCCAGCACCACCUGCAACGCCCUCUGAAGGCCCUGUGUCUCCUGGCUGCCCAGGGCCUGUGGACCCGGGUGUCCCUGUUCGACACAGAAGACCUGGAGCCACUUGAGGUGGAAGAGGCCGACCUCCGUCCCUUCCUGGACAAGCAUGUCCUCCAGAGGGACAGGGACCACGAGGACUGCUUCUCCUUCAUCCACCUCAGCAUGCAGCAGUUCCUGGCGGCCGCCUUCUACAUCCUGCGGUUCCCCGGGGACAGCGAGUGGCAGGGCUCCAUGUUGGACAUCAGGGGUGUGCGGGAGCUGUUCUCCACAGAGGCCAGAGCAAGGAAUCCCCAGCUGGCCCAGGCCGGCCGCUUCCUGUGGGGCCUCCUGAACGGGGCCAGGGCGAGGGAGCUGGAGGCCACUUUCGGCUGCCAAGUGUCCUUGGAGGCCGGGCAGGAGCUGCUGCAGCGCACGUCGGAGGAGGAGGAGCCCGUGCUGUGGGCAGUGGGCCUUCUGGAGGUCUUCCACUGCCUCUACGAGUCUCAGGACCCAGAGCUGGUGAGCAAAGCCACGGCCGCUCUGAAGGACKCAUCCCUGCACCUGACCACCAGCCAGGACCUCCUGAGCUGCUCCUUCUGCCUCCGGCACUGCCAGGACCUGCAGAGGCUCUCGCUGCGGGUGGCCAAGGGGGUGCUCCCGGAGGAGGAGGUAGCGCUGGAGCUGGAUGCUCUGGACGGAAGGUUCCAGAGUCAUCAGAACCUACAUCUUCCCUGGAGCGAGCUCUGCUCUGUGUUCAGCUCCAACAAGAGCCUGGUCUUCCUGGACAUCAGCCACAGCUUCCUGAGCAGCCAGUUUGUGAGGACGCUCUGUGACCAGCUGGCCUCUGCAAACUGCUGUCUCCAGAAAGUGGUCCUCAAAAACAUUUUCCCGGAUGGUGCUUAUCAGAACCUCUGCCUGGCUUUCGGAGGACACAAGACCCUGACACAUCUGAUCCUCGAAGGCAGUGAGCUGGACGGUGUGCUUUCCUCGUUGCGUGAGGUUUUGAGUCACUGGAGAUGCAAGCUGCAAUGUCUCAGGCUGGGGCCCUGCUCUGCCCCUGUACCGGAGUGGGCGGACCUCUUCCUGACCYUACAGUUCAAUCACUCCCUGACGUGCCUGGACCUCUCCGACAGCGAGCUCCUGGACGAGGGGGCCAAGCUGCUGUGCGCAGGGCUGAGGUACCCCACGUGCCCCGUGCAGAGGCUGUCGUUGGAGAACUGUCAACUCACGGAAGCCUGUUGCAAGGAAGUGUCUGUCACUCUGGUCGUCAGCCAGAGGCUGACACACCUGUGCCUGGCCAAGAACGACCUCGGGGACAAUGGGGUGGAGACCCUGUGUGAGGGCUUGCGCUACCCCGAGUGCCGGCUGCAGACGCUGGUGCUGUGGUGCUGCAGCAUCACCAGCGAGGGCUGUGGCCACCUCUCCACGGUCCUCCGCCAAGGGUCCAGCCUGACGCAACUGGACCUGGGGCUGAACCACGUUGGGGUCCCAGGCCUGAAGCUGCUCUGUGAGGCCCUGAAGGCACCGUGGUGCCGCCUGCAGCAUCUGUGGCUGUGGGGCUGCUCCCUGACUCCCUUCAGCUGCCAGGACCUCUCCUCCGCCCUCAUCUGCAACCGCAGCCUGGUCACCCUGGACCUGGGCCAGAACUCCCUGGGCUUCCACGGAGUCAAGAUGCUGUGUGACGCCUUGAGACUUCAGAACUGCCCCCUGCAGACGCUCAGGUUGAAAAUAGACGAAUCCGACACGGACAUCCAGAAUCUCCUGAGAGAGAUCAAAGAAAGCAACCCGCAGCUGGCCGUCGACGGCAGCCGCCGCGACCCCCAGAGACACAGGCCCUCGGCUCAUGACUUCCUUUUCUGA